UUGAACUCAAGGUACUCAAGGCUUACUGGACGAAAUAUGAAGAUGGGUAUAUGGUCUACGGCUAAGUCUAAGCUCUAAGGUCUAAAAGAAGAGAAAAGCUUUAUGCUAAGACAGAACAAACAUGCAAAUAAACAGGUAACAGUUAAACAGUGCGUAUGCGUGAUAUUAUUUGAAGAGUCAUUUAUGCAUCCAGAGUGUACGAGAAUUUCUGUUUUAAAUGAGAGUUAAUUUGUGCAUCUCUGAUCCUCUCACUGAUUAUAUUCAGGUAAUGUGUCAACGGUUUGACACACUUCCUUUUCGGCUUUAAGCCUAAACUGUCAGCAAAUUUUGUAACAUUUUUAAAAUAGGUAUGUUUUUUAUUUGUGAUUAAUACCAAAAUGGUCGAAUACUCUAUUGAUGAGGCAUUAAACGUUAUUGGCUUUGGACGCUUGCAUUACCUUAUAUUUUUCGGCUGUUUUACACAACAGAUGUUUGUAAGCAACGAACAGUUUGGCAUUUCGCUGGUGAUUGUUGCGGCUAGCUGUGAUUAUUAUGUGGAUGAGCAUCGCAUGUCCUGGCUAAUGGUCGCCACGUUUGCGGCCCAGGCAUGCAGCAGUCACUUUAUGGGCUACCAGGCGGAUAAAAUCGGUCGUCGAAAGCUGAUGAUCAUCGCCUCUACGUCGUGCAUGACGGCAUCGUUUAUAUCGUCUCUGAUGCCAGAAUUCUGGUCAUUCUUGGUGAUGCGCUUCGUAAUGGGUAUCUUUGUACCAGGUCCUGGCAUGGCAGUGCUAACGUACUUGAGUGAGUUCACCAAGUUCAACCUGCGCCCGAAGGUCAUCAACUUUCUAUACUAUGCCAUCGGUGUCAGCUUAAUGUAUAUGGCAGCUUGGGCCGUGUUGCUGCUACCGCUAGAUAUACGUGUGAAAAUUCACAAGAACUAUGCAAUUACCAGCUGGCGUAUCCUCAUGUGGCUCCAAUUGGUGCCCGGCAUUGUUUCCUGCAUCAUAUUUACCUGCACGCCAGAGAGUCCCAAGUACUAUCUGUCGGUCGGGAAGCCGGACAAAGCGUAUGCCGUUCUGGAGAAAUGCUGUCGCUCCAGCAAGGGCAAGGAUGUGACGCUGAAGAGCCUGGGUAUCGACUCGCUAAGGCCACCAGAGACAUAUGCGCUGGAAACCACGAAGACGGGAUGUGCACGCGUGUGGGAGGAAACAAAACCUAUAUUCACGCCACCCAUUCUGAAGCCGAUGAUGCUCAUUACGUUUACUCUCUUUCUGCUGUUUGGCACGGGCUUUGGCCUAACGGUUUGGAUACCACGCGCUCUCAAAUUGGGAAACGACCUUCAUAAGGAUUUGAUACUCUGCGAUAUGAUAGACGAGGCGCAUGCUAAGAACAUCACCUUUACCGAGUCACCAUGUCAUUUGAGCAUGAGAACCUUGGAGGCAUCCAUUUACCUUGGCGCUUGUGCCAUACUCUUCUCAGUACUGAUUACCGUGCUAUUCGUUUGGACUCAUCGGAAGAUCAUUCUGCUGUUGAUGGCGUCGCUCAGCGUUGCGGGUGGCCUCAUGCUCAACUUUGUCAAGAUCCAUGAGCUGGUCAUCGUAGGCUGUGUGUUCCUAACGGUGCCCGCUUUGUGCAGCAUAAGAUUGGCUCUGUCGGUGCUCAUUGAUGCAAUACCAACACACUUGAGAAGCAAGGCUGUAUCACUGUCCACGAUGUUUGGCCGUGUGGGAGUCCUGGUUGCCAGCAUGUAUGUGGGAUAUACGUUGAGCUGGAACUGCUUUGUCACAUUCAAUAUGUUCGUGGUGUUUAUGGCAGGAGUGAUUUUGCUCGUUAGCUUUUUGCCCUUUGACGGAAAGACUGGCUCUCGCGUAGCGUUGUAAUGCCAUCACUGUUUUCAAAGUAUUCGGAAUAUAUAUACAAAUUGAUAUGUAUACACAUAUAUAUUGAGGUACACCUCAUUAGCAACGUUUUCAUACAUGCAUUCAUUGUUCAUCAGUCAAUCAAUCAUUCAAUCGAUUGAGCCGCAGUGAAUGUGAAAAAAGGGAUUAUGGAUAAAGUUUGGUGUUUUUUAUGACUUUCAUUAUAAAUAAAAUCAUAUGUCAAGAAAAACUUUUUGACAGGUGUUGAGAGACAAAUUUCAGUCAAUUCAA